CAAGUGUCCGCACUCCGCAGCUCAAGGCCUGCCAGUGCACGGAAGCUCACAGUGAUCGAGUGCAGAGCUGGUGUCUUGAAGAGGAAAACAAGACGAACUCAGCAGGCUCCUGACCUCAGAGACACCGGUGCGGCUCUGAAGCGGCUCUAGAGCUGGCUGUGUCUCUGUUGAGAGGGUUUUUGAAGGGGAAGUUCUUCCUGAAUGCCCAAGACACAGUCAGUAGGGUUUUCACCAUGAACAGGAAUAAGCGUGAGAAGGAGUAUUACAGCAUAGAUGUAGGAGACUCGACGUUCACCGUUUUGAAGCGCUAUCAGAAUCUGAGACCGAUCGGGUCUGGAGCACAGGGCAUCGUCUGCUCAGCGUAUGAUCACGUCCUGGAACGAAAUGUUGCGAUUAAGAAACUCAGCCGACCCUUUCAGAACCAAACCCACGCCAAGCGAGCCUACAGAGAACUGGUCCUGAUGAAAUGUGUCAACCACAAAAAUAUAAUUGGCUUAUUACAUGUAUUCACGCCACAGAAGACACUCGAAGAGUUCCAGGAUAUGUAUCUGGUGAUGGAGCUGAUGGAUGCUAACCUGUGCCAGGUCAUUCAGAUGGAGCUGGACCACGAGAGACUCUCAUAUCUGCUUUAUCAGACGCUCUGCGGCAUCAAACACCUGCACGCUGCUGGCAUCAUACACCGGGAUCUGAAGCCCAGUAACAUAGUGGUGAAAUCGGACUGUACUCUGAAGAUCCUGGACUUCGGUCUGGCCCGGACGGCUGCCACCGGUCUCCUCAUGACUCCGUACGUGGUGACGCGGUACUACCGAGCGCCCGAGGUCAUUCUGGGGAUGGGUUACCAAGCCAAUGUGGAUGUCUGGUCUGUGGGCUGCAUCAUGGCAGAAAUGGUCAGAGGUAGUGUGUUGUUUCCCGGCACGGACCACAUCGACCAGUGGAACAAGGUGAUCGAGCAGCUGGGCACGCCGUCUCAGGAGUUCAUGCUGAAGCUCAACCAGUCUGUGAGGACGUAUGUGGAGAACCGGCCCCGCUACGCUGGAUACAGCUUCGAGAAGCUCUUCCCCGACGUGCUGUUCCCCGCAGACUCCGACCACAACAAACUGAAGGCGAGCCAGGCGCGAGACUUGUUGUCGAAGAUGCUGGUGAUCGAUGCGUCCAAGCGGAUCUCUGUGGACGAGGCUCUCCAGCACCCCUACAUCAACGUGUGGUUCGACCCGGCAGAAGUGGAAGCGCCUCCGCCGGCCAUCAGCGACAAACAGCUGGACGAGAGAGAACACACGGUGGACGAGUGGAAAGAGCUAAUAUAUCAGGAAGUGAUGGACUGGGAGGAACGAACGAAAAACGGCGUGGUCCGAGGACAGCCGGCUUCACUAGGUGCAGCAGUGAGCAAUGACUCCCAUGAGUCCUCCUCAAACGAGGUCUCGUCCAUGUCCACCGACACAGACCGCAGUCAGGAGACGAGCGCAGGACCGCUGCGCUGCUGCAGAUGACUAUCCUCCUCCUCCUCCAUCAUCAUCAUCAUCCAUGCUAGCUCACGUCAGUCCUCCUUUCGGUCUCAAACUGACACCUUCUUCUGAGUGGAGUGUAAGUGUAAGAACGGAGGUACGAGUUUUGGAGGGUAUCUCCAAACCAGCAUUACUCCGAUCGCUUUCGUUUUCCGCAGAUGAAGCUACUGCUGCGCCAUCUUGACAUUCAGAUGUGGACUGAUUGAGUUUAUUUCUAUUAUAAAGAUGAAUGGGGAAUAUAUUUUUAAGGUGUUUAAUUGUUUUGUGUUUCUCUUCUUUUUUUGAGAGAGAGAGAGUCACUAAUAAGUGGAAGUUCAUUAAACAGCACAUCUGUUUCCUGGAUAAACCAGUGCUUCCUCACGGUUAAUACUGCUUUGGAGUCAGUGGUGUAUAAAUCACAGUUUGUCUGGCAGCAGACCGGACGUUUUGGACGUUUUGUCUUGUUAAAACACGUUUGGGUUUUCAGUCGUCUCUGUAUUUAAUCUAGUGUGUACAUAUUUCAGCUUUAGACACAGAACACAGUAACCCAGUUUCCAUUACACUUCAGCCUGAUGUAAAGGUCUUGUCUGAACACUUGGUUAUUAUGAUCUGAAACCCAAACUGGGUGUUUUGCUCAUGCAUAUGAAACGCUUAUGAUCUGUAAUACUCAAACUGCAUCAAUCAGAGCGCUCUUUCUUUAAUAAUAAUGUUGUUUCAGAUGGAGCAGUCAUGCUAAAUGAAUGGAGACGUAUUAGAUUGGAGGUUCAGAAUGAUAUGUCUGUCUAACGCUAAAGAAUAGCCAUCGGUAUCAGAUACUUUCCAUUCUAAUGCUUAGAAAAAUGUGAUUGAGUCCUAGUGUGUGUGGCGUAAACUCUGCUCCUCUUAAAACAGGAACAUUACCAACCAAUACCAUUGCUAAAUUUGGACAUUUAUACCUAUGUUUUUUGUUUAGCUUUCAAAAUGGAGAAAGUGCCUGAGUCCAGCGUUCAUUCCUGAAUGAUUAGAAAGAUGAGGAAAUGUGAGGUUUUUCUAAAGUAAUACCGCUCCGAUCAUGUUGGAGUGUCUAUUUUUCGGUCGUGCUGGACGUAUGUGAUGUCGAUUGAAAGGUCGGGGCAUGUAGAGAAGAUGAGCUGGAAAGGAAAGCAAAUUGGAAAGUUUUUGGUAUGUGUUUAUGGUUUGCAGCUUUAUUUUGUUUAUGAAAAUAUGCAAGAUAUUGCAUCAAAUGCUGUAGGUGGGAACUCCAUUUCCCAUGAGGCAGUGCGGUCUAAUGUACAUGCGGGAUAGAUGGGAGUUGUAGGAACUAAAGGUUUGAGUUUGAAUAAUGAUUUUAUUUUAAGUGCUCUUAUUUUAUUCUUCGCUCUCUUUAAGGGAAGUUGAUGGAUUUUAACUUUAGAUUUUUCAUUGCAUCUGCUUUUAUUUCAUCUCUCAGAAAUGUUAUGAUUCAGAUGAAGUAGGCUUUGAUGAACUACCUCACUCUAAAUUUCUACAGAAUUCUCUUUUCUUUCUUCUCUACGUGACUAGCUGCCUGUAAGACGGAUGUUAAUACAGAUCUCAUUAUUUAUUUAUUUCUGAAGUGAACUAUUGUCAAUAGUAGGCAAGGUAUAGUUUUGUACAUUAUGUAUAUUUCACCUAGAAGUAAAAGAACUGAAAUGUAAAUUUGAUCUUUUUUGUUUAACUUUACUUUGUACUCAUUUUUUACAGUUCAUGUGCAAUACCCACUGCCGUCGCGAUCGACAGAUCUAGACUUAUUCGUUUUAUGAACCCCGAGGUAGAGAUAUGUUUGGUACUGUCAGAUACAUUCAUGUUUUUGUCUUUUUAAAUCUGGAUUUUAUUUGUAUUUAUUGUUUUCCAUUUGGCUUAUACUGUCAAUGUUACAUAACCCAUCUUACCAAAAACACAAAUCUGUGGCUGAUGUUAGCAGGUUGUUAAGUUUAGCCACUGGACUCUGAUUCAAGGCAUCUGUAGAAUAUCUUCAAAUAGUACCAACAUGUUGAGGUUUGGUGCUGGUGUGUAAUAUUGGCUAGCAAUGCCAGCCCUACAGUUAUAUAGACAUGGCUAGCUCUGUGUGUGCUAAACGGCGUACAGACACUGAGAAGACACUACUACACAGAAUGCACUGGGAUCUUAUGAUACCAAAUAUAUAUGUGCUGCAAAUAAACACCAGUUUGAAUCC